CUGCGUGCAUCCUCUAUUGUCCGCAGUCCGCAGCAGCUCGCAGCACUCUCCCCUGUGUCGUCCCACACACACAGACACACACAGACACGCACACACGCACACACACACACACCCGUAGUCAAGGCAGGUUGUGACUUCUGCGUCGUUUGGUAAAUGGUCGCCAUCCUAUGUCCACUUGAACUUCAAUCUACUCCACCCCUCCAUCCUACAAGACUAUCCGACUCAGCCUCGCGGUCUUUCUUUUCUCUCACUGCCUCGACUACUCUUCCUAUACGAAGUCCGGGCUUGCGGCUUCUGCAUUGUGCCGCAGUCUUUCCCCUCAUCAUGUCAGCAUUGGCUUUCAAGGUAGCAUCGCCUCCCGCACGUGACCACUCACAAGGCACUGCCAAGGCGCUUGACUUCACCUGCACAUGGACCGCCAAACGGGUUUACUGCCUUCGCGCACGACAACCCCAACUCCCAUCUACCAUUCCCCAUCAUCCUGCGUCGGUAUUCACGGCGCAUCGCAUCCCCGUUCAUCUUCUGCUUUAGUAUUCGUCGCGCACACGUGCUCAGUCGCUACGAUGAGCUACGAGACUGACACAUAUGACCAGCGCGACUCUGGCCGCGAUCGCUCGCCCCGUCGUCGAUCCCGCUCACCUCGUCGUUCACGACGUUCAUACUCUCCUCGCAGUCGAUCUCGCAGUCGCGACGACUAUCGCCGAAGUGACCGCCGCUCGCGCUCGCCUGCAGGUGGUGCUCAAGGCACGGGUGG